AUGUGUUUGAAGAUAUUAAAGUAUAGUGUGCUUUUAACGAUUUUGACCAUAUGCGUUAUUGGUGUCAAUAAUACGCCUAUUCAUGCUUGGCAACCAACCCAGUAUGAGGAGUAUUUUUGCGAGAACAAUACAGGAAUACAAUCGAAAUUUUUCCCAGGAGUAAAGUCCGGGUACAGAGUAGUUAUAGAGAAACAAUUAGAAGCGGCAACGGAAAUCAAAGUGAAGUUAGAUUCUGGUGCCUCUAUUAUUUUUGGAGAAAGCAUAUACGACCCAUCUCCGAAUUCUGCUAAAUUUACGCAUAAAGAUCUUAUCUCUAAUAUCUAUGGAUUUGUAUUACGUAAAAAUGUAUCUAAAUUUACAUUCGUAGUAAAAGGAAGACACGCACCAGAACACCCGCCUUAUAUACUAAGUCUUAAAAUUGAUGGAGAAGAAAAUUGUAUUAAUCCUAAUAGGACAUAUUUUGGAAAUAAUUAUCUACAAAUUAAGAAAUUUUGGCCUGAAGCUCCUGACAAGUUUUGUGGCAGGCGGAGGAUCAACCGAGAACACACCGAAUUGAUUGUUAGCGGUUCUGCUUCGAAAAGCGGCAACUGGCCCUGGCAUGCUGCUAUUUACAGAAAUCACAGACUAAGUGUGCAGUACAUCUGCGGAGGGACUCUGAUAUCAAAACUUUUGAUUCUAACAGCUGCACAUUGCGUAACAAUAAACGCUGUACCAGUAAAUCAUGAAUCGCUUGGAGUUGUUCUCGGAAAAACAUCCCUUAUUACUAAUGAAAUAACUAGUCAAGAAAGAAAGGUGUACCAAGUUAUUGUUCACGAUGAAUUUGAAAAGAAAACUUUGGACAAUGAUAUAGCUUUAAUGAAACUAAGUACCGAGGCUAUAUACAAUAACUACGUGCAACCAGCCUGUCUAUGGCUUGACACGGUGUACGAUCAAUUGGAUUCUUAUGAAGUUACAGGAACGGUUGUAGGAUGGGGCAUUGACCAAUCAGAUUCGCUGGCGAAUGACCUUCACGAAGCAACGAUACCAAUAGUCUCAACUUUAACCUGCUAUUCAUAUGAUCCUAUUUUCUAUAGCAACAUAUUAAACGACCAAAAAUUCUGCGCUGGAAAUGCCAACGGUACCGCUGCGUGUAACGGAGACAGUGGCGGAGGUUUUGUAGUAUUCGUUACAGAUACUAAGGAUUCAUCCUAUAGAAUUGAUUAUCAAACUGGAGCAUGGUACGUAAAGGGUAUCGUGUCUGUCACCUUAGCCAGAAAAGAUUCAUCAAUUUGUGAACCGAAUGCAUACACUGUUUUCACAGACGUAGCAAAAUACAGAAAUUGGAUCUUGAGCUACAUGAAUUGAUGUACAAUAACGUAUGAAAAAUUUGUAUAUCAUUAUAUUACUAAUUCAAUUUAUUUAUAGUUUUUUUUUACAGCCACAAGCCAUUUUAAUUCAGUCACUUAUAAUCUAAUGAAACUAUCAUUAUAAAGCUAUCAGAUUCAUUUGGCAUACAUUAUUUUUUAGUAUUUUGUAUCCUGUUGUAUGAGUGUAUACAUUAUUAGACGAAAUUAUCGCUAACUCUUAUUAUAUACUAUAUACUUAACGAAAUAUUAUGUAUAUCACUAGUCACUAUUAAUUGAAUAAUCUGUUAUGUUUGUGUAAGUCAUAUUACUAAAGUAAGUAAGUAAUUAAAUAAAGAAGUGGAGCCGUAUCCAAGUCAGUUUUUAUUGUGCUUUUUCUUUACUAUUUGUAAUUUUCAUACAUUCAGUCACAAAGUAUUUAUUCUUUUUAUACU